UUCAAACAUCAAGGUUACUUUUAUCCAGUUUCUAUCUUUGACUCUUGUUACGAAUAUCUCGGCUUGGAAAAACUGAUUUGGAAAGUAAACAAGGGAAAGCUGAAAUACAUUAAGUAAUGUGUCGCGUUUUACCCCUCUACGUGUUAAUUAAAUUCUACGUGUGCUGUCGGCGUUGUUAACCCUCAAUAAAGAGGGUAAAAAACGUGUGUGCUUUGUUCACUGGUUUUUGUUUAAAAAGUUUAUGAAGAAACGUCUGUAUAAGUUAUUUAUUUCUGCUAUUGUUCUGUUUGUGUCUUUGUGUGUGUGACCGAGUUUGGCGAAUUUUCCACACCGAACCCAAAUAAAGAAAAUUGUUAUCAUUGCAUGAGAAGCCAGUGGUGAUGGCAUAGUCGCCACGGGCGAGGGUUGUAGAUAGCAUGGCCAGAGUGCGGGUGGUCAGAUGGACUUGGAUUGUGUUGGCUGGACUGUGCGCUCUGGCCAUAUGCGAGGUGCAGCAGCAGUGUCCAGCGCGUUCGGAGAUCUCACCAUGCUCUUGUACGUUAAAGAAAAACGGUUUAGACAUCCUCUGCGAGUUCACGGACCAGCAACACAUCACUAGUGCCAUGGACAAGUUAAAAGGAAGAGAAUUCGUAAUAUUCUAUUUGAAGCUUCGACACAACAACUUGCGCAAGUUGACCGGCUACAUAUUCCUGGGUUUAGAUAUCUAUCACUUGACUAUUCACAACAGCAGUUUAUCAACAAUGGAAGAAAUGUCUUUAAGUUCUAUUGGUAAAAUGUUGACGCAACUCGACGUGUCCCAAAAUAGCCUAACGGUCGUCCCAUCAUCGGCCUUUGCGAGCCUGCACCAGCUCCUUAUCUUGAACAUGAACCACAACAAAAUCAGUGUCGUGCAUUCAAAGGCUUUUCAGGGACUAGACACUCUCGAAAUACUCACUUUGUAUGAGAACAAGAUUACCACCAUCGAGGACGGAGCUUUUGUCGGACUAGAAAAGAAGUUGAAGAGAUUGAAUUUGGGUGGUAACAGCUUAACUGAAGUUCCGCAAAAAGCGCUCUCGAUUUUAGAUACGCUUAAAAAGCUCGAGAUGCAAGAAAAUCGGCUCACGGAAAUUAAAGAAGGCGAUUUUGAAGGUCUGAAAAAUCUUGAUUCGUUAGGAUUGGCCCACAAUAAGCUUAGGCAAGUUCCAUCAAGAGUUUUCUCGCAUCUUACACUUUUGAAUUCUUUGGAACUCGAUGGGAACAAUAUUGAUACGAUCGAUCCAGAAGCUUUUGCGGGGCUUGAAGAAAAUCUGCAGUAUUUGCGAUUAGGAGAUAACAAUAUUCACACCAUUCCCACUGAAGCCCUAAAACGUCUCCACAGACUUCGUCAUUUGGACCUCAGAUCAAACAAUAUAAGUUAUAUUGCAGAGGAUGCCUUUAUUGGUUUUGGGGAUUCUAUCACUUUUCUUAAUCUACAGAAAAAUUUCAUUCGCACCUUGACAGGACUAACUUUUGAGAACCUCAACUCUCUUGAAACCUUAAACUUACAAAACAACAAACUAAUGCACAUUGGCGAGGACGUGAUGGAGCCUAUUUUGGACACUUUGCGAGUGGUCGACAUAAUGGAUAAUCCGUUGUUGUGCAAUUGUGAGCUUCAAUGGUACAAGAAUUGGCUACGAAGUUUGAAAGAUAAAGACGAUGAAAUGAUGCAGAAGAAGCGAACAGUGUGCAUGAUGCAGCAAGAACACCGGGAAUAUAACUUGCAAAAUUUGCCUUUGGGAAAAAUGAAUUGCGUUAUAAAGUCGUAUGACAACUCACCGAGCGGUUCUAACCGAAUCGGUUAUUGCGUUGCAUCGAUAGUCAUGAGCUUGUGGGCAUGUAUAGUGAGAUUCGUUUAAUAUUAAUUAUACUUAGUAAUGUGUUUUAUUUGUAAUUAUGGAGUUUAUAGUCAAGCAUUAGCUAGAAUUUUAACGUGAAUAUUUUAUAUGUAAAAUUAGAGUUUAACCUGUUUUGCAUCAUUCAAUAUAAAAUUAGAGCAUGUACGUUGCUUAUACUGAUAGACGAGCGUAUUUAAAAGCUUCUUGUUAUCAAUUUCUUAGAUUUAUGAGGAAGCCGAAGUAGAGACACUCAUCCGAUUUUCAUUGCAGUUUCUUUUUGAACAUCAGUGAGUGAUUGUGUCUCUUUCUCGAUGGAGGUUGGAGUGGAGUGUCUCUACGCGGAUUCAACACUUUCCAUACAUAUCAGAUCGUUCCUUCUGAAGGAAUAGGACUGAGUACCGUCUGAAUUUUACAUCCACCACAAACUCAAUUGUCCCAAUUCUUAACUAUGUGUCUUUUCUCUCUCUCUCUUGAUGUUUGCGUGAUGUCCUAGCUGUAAGUACCACAAUUUAAUUCAUUUUCGAAUCUCUUGGUUUGAACGCACACUAACACAAAUAUCUCAGUUUUUGAUUGGGACGAAAAUGGCCUACAAACAUAUCAAGGUGGAGUAGAUCUAUCAUAUCAAAGGUGCCGCAUUAAUUGUAUAAAGAAACUUAUUUUUUAAUAAUGUGUUUUCAUGUACGUUGUAGCAUUUUGUGAGACAGAAGAAUCUCGUGCGAGAUUUUUUCAAAAUGUGAUCGUCAUGGAAAAUAAACUUUUUAUAAGAUAAGUGGGAGCCAAAAUUGCAUGAUAAUUAUAAGAGAUAUUUUAAUCUAAAACUUGUGAGCUUGAUUAUCCAUAUCAUUAUUGUUAGAAAGUAAUAAGUAAGAGGAUAUAUUAGUGUAUAGGUAGAUUAGAUGAACAUUUGUCAAUGCACUCAUCAGUGUGUUCAGCAAAAACGGAGAAACUUUGGAUAAAAUAGAAACGCGAUCAAAAUCUCUGCUAUUACGUACCUUAGAGCCCUAGACUCUAGCAUUGCCAAUAGAUCUAGUUUCCACAUUCCACCUCCCUUUAAGAAAAAGUUUCUGGAACAUAUCAUAGUACUGACUGCGAUAUUUUAUAAAAUUUGUAGCAGUUAAAAAAUCGCAAUUGUGCAGUUGAUAAAUGGCAAAUAUUUUUGUGGCAAUGUUUUGUGAGCGCUGUUUGCGGCGUUUCCAGACCAUUUCGAGACAUAUCCGGUCGAGGUGUUGCAAGACUUCGCGUUCCUAUGUAAGCUCAAAACAAACAUGCAAUAUUUUUCUAAAAAAAUUUCUAGUGUCAGGUCGUUAUCGCAUAGAAACGCGAAGAGCAGACCCGACCCCACCAUUUUUUACAAUUUUACCGUAUUCAUGUGUAAUAUCGUGUUAAGCACUGUAAUGGAGUACUUGUCUAUUCAUCAUUGAACAUGGCUGUUGUGUUUUGUGUCAUAAUAUAUUCAAAUGAUUAUAUUCAAUGUUUCCAAAGUGUAAUAUUCUAUGUAUAUGUGAAAGUCAAUAAACAAGUUUAUCCUAACAUA